AUGAUGUACAAGCAAACCGUUAAGGAUCUAGCAGUCAAGAAAGCUGAAGCGAUACCUUUAGAAUGGCGAUUAGCUCCAUCUUUAAUCGCAUCGGUCGGUGACUUGGACGUGAUUUCAUUUGUGAAUAGCAAGUGUGGACUAAGCGCUCGUGAAGUGGAGAUAACGAAUGCUGUAUCAGCUACCGACCUUGCUCAAAAAAUCGCAGCACACCAAUACACAUCUCUUGAAGUCACCAAAGCAUUCUGCCAUCGCGCCAGCAUAGUCCAGCAACUAUGCAACGCCUUGACGGAAUUGUUUUUCGAUGAGGCUUACGCAAGAGCGAAGUACUGUGACGAGUAUCUCGCCACGAAUGGGAAGACGUUGGGUUUGUUGCAUGGUGUGCCUGUUUCGUUGAAGGAGGAGUUUCAUUUGAAGGGUACUAGGACAACAUGGGGAUUUGCGGCAUGGGCGAGACAACCACCUGCAACGAAUAACUCGGCCGUUGUUGAGCUGUUGCUAAACGCCGGAGCUGUGCUGUAUGUCAAGACUGGUGUGCCACAGGCGCUGAUGGCGUGGGAGUCUGUUGGUGUUAAUGGACGUGUUCUUAACCCUCAUAAUCGUCUAUUGGGAGCCGGAGGAAGUUCUGGAGGAGAAGGUUGUCUUCUUGCGGCCAGAGGAUCGCUACUAGGAAUCGGAAGCGACAUUGGUGGCUCCGUUCGAUUACCUGCCUCAAUAUGUGGGAUUUACACCUUGAAGCCUACCUCCUCGCGAUUCGCCUACAACGGUUCUCGGGUGUUGGCUCAAGGGGUUCCUCUUAUAUUCUCAGUAAAUGGACCUAUGAGUGUGUCAAUCGACGACGUUGAAACCUAUUGCAAAAUCCAGUGUACCGGUCUCAACGGCUUGGCGAGGAAACUUGAUCCCAAAGUCGUUCCAAUCCCAUGGACUCCAGUAGCAAUCACCCGAAAACUCAAACUCGGCUUCUUCACCGACAAUGGAGUCGUUGCUCCGACACCACCAGUCACUCGAGCCGUCUUCGAGGCUGUAGAUGCGUUACGGAAGGCGGGACAUGAAGUUGUGCCGUUUGAGCUUACAUUUGAUGGUCCAAAACUUUAUUCUUCCGCGUCAAGUAUCUUUGGUGGUUACUACGAUGAGCUGUACGAUGUGAUAUACAAGCAAAGUGAUGAGGGCAUGAUUCCAGCCAUGCGGUCCGGCGAUCGUGAUCCCUUUGCAAAUGGCCCAACACCAAGUAUGAAAGCCGCAGAUAUUUGGAAGCACAAGAACGUGCUGGAUUCUGCCAGAGAGGCAUACGCGGAUACGUUUACCGCUAUGGGGAUUGAUGCUGUGAUAUGUCCUACUGUUGCAAUUCCAAGCUGUGAACAUGAUAAAUCCACCAAACUGACUGGGGCAGUGUCUUACACGAUCAUAUGGAAUGCGCUAGAUGUCACUGCUGGUGUUAUACCAUGCUCGACGGUAACGAGCCCAAAGGGGGUCGAUGCACCUAAACCGCUAAACCGUCCAUAUCGAAGUUCUCGGGAGAAACAUGUUAUUGAAGCGUAUAAUGAAAAUCCAAUGUUGUAUCAGAAUUCAAAGGUCGGGCUGCAAGUAGUAGGAUUAAAAUACGAAGAGGAGAAAAUCGUGUCUGUGAUGCGUAUCAUUGACAGUGUUUUAAAAGUCAGAGUUGGCGCAGCCAAAAUUUAG